AUGUUUGGCCUGAAGGUGAAGAAGAAGAAGAAGAAAGUCGAUACAGAUCUGGUCCUGUCAAACAAAGGAGCUGUGGAUAAUGAGGUAGCGGUUAAUCCUGAGUCGACUGCUCCCUUGGAAGGGGGCGACACUGAGGACCAGCCUGGCUCCUCUGCCUUUAGAACCAGACGGAUUCCACAGACUAAGAGAGACAGGCUGAAAACCUGCAUCCAGGACCAUGAAGUCAAACCACAAGCCUUCCAGGUCGCCAUCAACAUUACAGAAGCCAGGCAGCUGGUGGGGGAGAACAUCGACCCCAGCGUGGUCAUCGAGAUCGGAGAGGAAAAGAAACAGACCUCGGUUAAAGAGGGAACCAAUGCUCCCUUCUACAACGAGUACUUUGUGUUCGACUUCUUUGCUCAUCAGGAGACCUUCUUUGACAGAGUCAUCAAACUGUCGGUGGUUCACUCUAAGAUGUUGAGGAGUGUCUGUGUUGGCUCCUUUAAGUUGGAUGUAUGGACCGUCUACAAACAGCCAGGUCACCACUUUACUAAUAAGUGGGUGGUGCUUACUGACCCCAGUGACCUCAGCACAGGGGUCAAAGGUUAUGUGAAAUGUGACAUCAGCGUGUCGGGGAAGGGUGACGUGGUUCAUCCUGGGCAGAAGACUAGUGAUGCAGAAGAGCAGAUAGACAAAAACCUGCUGUUACCAAAAGGGUUCCCCUCUGAGCGGCCGUGGGCUCGUUUCUAUGUGAAGGUGUACCGGGCUGAGGGUCUGCCCCGCAACAACUCCAGCUUAAUGGCUAACGUCACCAAGGCCUUCAUAAGGGACAGCACAGCGCUCAUAGACCCAUAUGUAGUCAUCAGCUUCUUCAAACAAGUGGGCCGGACAUCCACCCAGAAGUCCACGGCGGACCCGGUGUGGAAUGAGCAGAUCGUUUUCAGAGAGAUGUUUCCUCCUCUCUGCCAGAGGAUCAAGUUUCAGGUCUGGGAUGAGGGAAGCAUGAAUGAUGUUGCAAUAGGAACUCAUUACUUUGACCUGAGACGGAUCUCUAAUGAACAGGAUGGUGACAGAGGUUUUUUGCCCACCUUUGGUCCAGCCUGGAUCAACCUGUAUGGUUCGGCCCGUAACUUCUCAUUGGUUGAUGACUCCCUGGAGCUGAAUGAGGGCAUUGGAGAGGGCGUGUGCUACAGGGGCCGGGUCUACCUGGAGCUAGCAGUGGAGAUUCUAUCAGGAGGGACGGGCUUGGAGUCUAAACUCAGCCACACGGUCAGACCGCUGAAGGACAGCAAGGCCGGGAAGACGGGAGGAAAGGAGGGCAAGACUCCAGGAGCAGCAGGAGGUGGAACAGGAGGAGGCUGGGCAGAGGAAGACAAAGGGAAAGUUCUGGCACCUGAGGUUCUUCCUGUGGACCCACCACCUCAGCUGAGUGAGGAGGACAAGGAGAACUUCCUGCUGUUUGGGGCGGUGUUUGAAGCCAACAUGAUUGACAGGAAGAUAGGAGACAAGCCAAUCAGCUUCGAGUUCUCCAUGGGUAACGUGCUGGAGUCGGGGGCGUCGGCCGGCAGCAGCAUCAGCAGCGGCGGGGGUCGGAUGUCAAAGUUGUCGGAGAUCCCAGACGGUGCCGAAAGCCUCGCUACCUCCCCGCCCUUCUCCCCCUCCGCCUGUCCCCUCCUGCCCAGGGAGACGCCAGAGCCCCGGCGCACCUCCCUGUGCACCACCCCUCCCGAGAAACCGCUCCUUGUAGAAGGAAACAGGCACUACAUGUAUCUCCUACUGGAGGACCAGAAGCCUUGUGUUCAGAUGUUUAGUCACUGGGAGGACCGAACCUACCGUCUACACAACUCUAACAUGCUGGAGAACAUAGCUGUUCUAUUUGAGGAAGCUGUGGCAGAAGCUGCUGAGUUGAACAGGAAGUCAGACCUGGGUGCGGAGCCUCUGCUGCGAACAGCCCUCAGAGACUUCCAGGCUGAAGCCAGGAGUUUUAUAGCAACAGCAGAAGCAAAAUUGAAGGCAGGGCUUAAAAGAAGUCACCUGACCCAGCUGGACAGGAAACGCCUCACUAUGUGCAAACAGGAACUGGAGACUAUGAUUGGAGAGGUAGAUGUCAUGGCAGAGAGGAAGAGAAAAGCAGGAGGUGUGAAGGAACUGUUACAGGAAGCCAUCAAACUCACACAUAGACUUCGCUUCCUGGUGGAGGAGCCUCAGCACACACUGCCUGAUGUGUUUGUGUGGUUGCUAAGCAACAACAAGCGCGUGGCGUAUGCCCGGCUCAGCGCCAGGGAACUGCUGUACUCCGCCAACCCAGAGGAGAGAGGCCGCCACUGUGGCAAGAUACUCACACUGUUCCUUAAGCCUCCAGGGAAGCGUGUGGCUGGCUGGUCGGUUGUAGCUAAGCUGGAUGUGUACUUGUGGUUGGGGACGUGCACAAAUUCCAGGCACAUGUUGGAAGACCUGCCUGCAGGAUUCACUCCGUCCACCAGGGGUCCCGCUGUCACGGGGAGCCCUCCAACACACCUGGUGCACAGAGAUACACACCAGUUCCAGCUGAGGUGUCACAUGUACCAGGCUCGCGGGCUGAUUGCUGCAGACAGCACGGGCCUUUCGGACCCCUUCGCUCGGGUCACCUGUCUCUCUCACAGUCACACCACCAAUAUCAUCAGCCAGACGCUGAGUCCCACGUGGGACCAGUGUUUGGUGAUGGGCAGUCUGGUUUUGAGCGGAGACCUGCUGGACAUCACACGGGAACCGCCACGCAUCGUCAUAGAGGUCUACGAUGACGACGCACUGGGUAAAGCGGAGUAUCUGGGUUCUUCAGUCGCUGUUCCCGAGGUGUGUCUGUUGGCGGAGGAAGGAUAUCGUCCUCCUCAACUGCAGUACACUCCUCUGUUCCAUGGCAGUCAGUCUGGAGGAGACCUGCUGGCUGCCUUCGAACUACUGCAGAUUCCAGCGUCUGGUGAGGAGAGUUUUCCUCUGUUAGAGAAACAAGAUGGAGUGUAUCCUGUUCCCCACAACAUCAGACCUGUGCUCGGUACCUACAGACUGGAGGUGGUGUUCUGGGGUCUGAGGGAGCUGAAGAAGGUCCAACUCCUGAAGGUUGACCGACCACAGGUCUUUAUAGAGUGUGCUGGUAAAUGCUUGCGUUCUUCAGUCAUCCAGAGUUAUAAAGCCAAUCCUAACUUCACCACGUUGGUGGACACCAUAGAGCUGGAGUUACCAGAGAAUGAGAACCUCCAUCCUCCUCUCAGCAUCAGUGUUGUUGAUUGGCGGGCGUUUGGUCGCAGUACACUGGUGGGGAACCACGUCAUCAACAACCUCAAGGCUUUCAAAUAUACCCCCCCACCAUCUCUGAUCCCCCCACUGUCUGCUGAAACACACAUGCUCAAAUCAGCGGCGGCAGCAGGAGGGUUGGGUACCGAAGGGUUAUCUCAGCAUGAGAAAGAGACCGGCUCCACUGUGGACUUCCUGAUUACUGUAGAGGAGGAAGUCCCACCCUCAGUCCCACCCAUUUCUGCGCCAGAUGCAGAUAAGAAGAAAAAGGAGACCAGGGAAACAAUUCAUCGCUCGUCCAAACGGCGGAAGAGGACCAUUGCUGAUGAAUCAGCCGAGAGUGUCAUCGACUGGUGGACCAAAUAUUACGCUUCUGUGGAGAAAGUCCAGCAGGCCAGACAGAAGGAAGGUCAUCCCUUCCCACAGCUCUUUGAUAAGGUUCCCCCGCUCCAACACUUGCUGGGUGAGGGAGUUGACUCGCUGGUCAGCAGCCAAUCGGACGGAGACAAGAAGAAGAAGAAGCAAAAAGGAAAGGGAGGCCAGGGGCAGAGUCCAUUGUUGCCUACCAAACAGGCAACCCUUCAGCUGUAUGAUAAGGAGCUGGAGGCAGAGCUUGGUCCGUUUGAUGACUGGGUGAACACCUUCGAACUGUACAAAGGAAAAGCCAAUGAGGAGGAGGGCACUAACGAAGAGAGGUUCGUUGGAAAGUUCAAGGGACGUUUCUGUCUGUACAAGCUGGAUGAGGAGGAGGAUGGUGAUGAAGAGCAGGAUUCAGGACAGUUGAAAGUCAACAGAGGAAUUCCUCCCAAUGCUCCUGUCAAAGUCCUUGUCAGGGUUUACAUUGUCUCUGCAUCUAACCUUCACCCUUCAGACUCCGAUGGCAAGUCAGAUCCAUACAUCAUUCUGCGUUUGGGGAAAACUGAGAUCAAAGACCGAGACAACUACAUCCCCAAACAACUCAACCCCGUGUUUGGAAGAUCCUUUGAGAUCCAGGCGAUGUUUCCUAAGGAGUCUCUGCUCUCUGUCCUGAUUUAUGACUACGACAUGGUGGGAGGAGACGACCUGAUCGGGGAGACUCACAUUGACCUGGAGGACCGAUUCUACAGCCGGCACAGAGCCACGUGUGGACUUCCUGCUGAGUACAGCAUUGAUGGUUAUAAUGCCUGGAGAGACAGUCUGAAGCCCUCUGAGCUAUUGGCCAAGCUGUGUAGAGACAACAGACUGGAUGGUCCUCACUUCAGGCCGGGACACAUCACAGUCGCUGGAAAAGUUUUCACCGGAAAGACCCUGUUCAUGAUUGAAGAUGAAUCAGUGGAAUCGUACGAGCAUCUGUCCCUGAAGAUUUUACAUCGCUGGUCAGAGAUUCCAGCAGUUGGCUGCAGGCUGGUACCAGAACACAUAGAGACCAGAAGCUUGUUCCACAAGGCCCAGCCCGGCAUGGACCAGGGUCAGGUUCAGAUGUGGGUAGAUAUGUUUCCCAUGGACCUGCCUCACCCUGGACCCCCGGUCGAUAUCUCUCCUCGUAAACCUAAAGGGUAUGAGCUGCGUAUCAUCAUAUGGAACACAGAGGAUGUGAUUCUAGACGACAGCAACUUCCUGACUGGACAACAGUCGAGUGACAUCUACGUUAAAGGCUGGUUAAAAGGUUUUGAGGACGACAGACAGGAGACAGAUGUCCACUAUAACUCUCUGACUGGAGAGGGAAAGUUCAACUGGCGCUUUGUCUUCCCAUUCAGCUACCUGCCUGCUGAGAAGGUGGUGGUUGUCUGUAAGAGAGAGAGUAUCUUCUCUCUGGAUAAAACAGAGCAGAAGCUUCCUGCCGUCCUCAUCCUGCAGGUGUGGGACUUUGAAACGCUGUCCUCGGACGACUUCUUAGGUACGGUGGAGUUGGACCUGCAUGGUUUCCCACGCGGGGCGAAGUCUGCCAAGUUGUGUAAACAGGACAUGUGGACAGAUGGGACGGAGAGGGUCUCCAUCUUCCAGCAGAAGAGAGCCAGAGGCUGGUGGCCUUUCUCCAAGAGUGGAGAACUCACGGGGAAAGUGGAGGCGGAGUUUCACCUGGUGACGGCGGAAGAGGCGGAGAAGAAUCCAGUCGGCCGCGCCCGCAAAGAACCGGAACCGCUGGAGAAACCAAACCGUCCGGACACCUCCUUCUCCUGGUUCGUCAACCCUUUCAAAUGUUUCUUCCACCUGGUGUGGCGGAGCUACAAGAAGUACAUCAUCAUCGGUGUGAUCCUCCUCAUCACCGCGCUCUUCCUCGCCCUGCUGCUCUACACACUGCCAGGAGCCAUAUCACAGAGGAUAGUCAGCGGAUAACACACACACUUGAAUUGAAUUGCCCUUCUGGGUAAACCGUUGUCUGAAUCUGAACAUGUUCGUUCUUAUAGUUGUGUUUCAUUUUACUCUCUAGGCAUUAAGUUUGGUGUGUUUGGGGGCAAAAUCAAUGCCUGCCGGUAGCAAAUAUCUGAAAUUAAAGAUUGGGAGCACCUCUGUAACUGAAUGGAUACAUCUCUGAUCACAUCUGGCGCCGGUCCUCUCUCUAAUUUCCUGUCUGUCUCUAUCUAU